AUGGAUAUGGAUGUGGAUACACCCAACAAGAAGCUGCGAAUGAUUUCUAGAUCCCGUUCGAGGUCAAGAUCAAGGCCUCCAAGUGAAGUUGUCCCUGGUGAGGGCUUCAAGGACUCUUCUCAAAAGUCCCAGGCGCUAAGAAAGGCCAAAAAAUCUGUUAAGAAGAGAAACAAGGAUGCUCGCCGUGGAGAGGCAGAUAGAGUGAUUCCCACUUUAAAACCAAAGCACUUGUUCUCUGGAAAACGAUCAAUUGGAAAAACCCAAAGGCGCUAA